AUGAUUGAUUUAAAAUGCGUGAGGGAUAAAGCAAAGGAGCUUAAAUUUCCAACAACAUAUUCUACUACCACAAAAGUGACUGAAAAAUGGGGGAAAACAAGAGAAGCAGAGAUCUGGCACGAAAUAGCAAACGCUGCGCAGUGUAAUCGAAACACACCGUUUAGAGCUACAAGGGAAAGAAAUCAAAUUGGAGAGAAGGCAAAGGGAGAAUCUUUGGCUCAUCUUUUGGUGGUUUCAGGUAAAGAAAUCUCCUUCUUUGCAACUAAUGCCCCACUGUUUUUCUCUUGUUGCAGAUCUAAACCUCUUAUUAUGGAGGAAAUGAUAUGGCCUCGCUUAUACUGUUGUUGUAAUUGUAGGAACCAAGUCUCCCUCCAUGAUGAUAUAAUUUCUACAACCUUUCAGGGAAGAUAUGGUCGAGGUUUUCUGUUCUCCCAUGUAAUGAAUAUUGUGGUAGGGCCAAAAGAAGACAGACACCUCAUGACUGGCCUCCACACUGUUGCUGAUGUUCUUUGUGGAGACUGCCAUGAAGUGUUGGGUUGGAAAUACGAAAGAGCUUAUGUAGCAUCACAGAAGUACAAGGAAGGAAAAUUCAUACUUGAAAAAACAAAAAUUGUAAAGGAGAACUGGUAG